UAAGUCUACAAUGUUUGAUUUUGCUACAUCUGUAUCAUCAAAUUACAGGAUACAAACGUCAUGGCUUAUUUAAAAAAUGCGGUCUGUUCGCCAAGGUCGAGCGUAGAUAUGAAUGUAGUAUAAAAGAGAAGUGAAUAUCGUCAAUUUCACUUUCAGUUGCGACUCGGCUUGCAGUGAUCAUCAAGCAUGUUGCCCUUAACUGUCUUCUUGGUGUUCGGCGUUCUUGCGCAGCAGACGUUCGCUGACGAACCCGAAGCAAUCAUCGGCGGUCAGCGCGCUGCACCAGGUGAAUUCCCGUGGCAGUGCUCCUUGGUUGUGGAUGGCGAACACAGCUGCGGCUGUUCCAUCAUUGGCCCUAGCAAGAUUCUGACAGCGGCCCAUUGUUUGAAUGAUGUCGUUGCACCACCCUACACUAAUCUCCGCGUUCUUACUGGAAGUAUUAUCAUCAACCAAGGAUCGUCUCAUGUUGUGAAAAGCGCACGCAUACAUCCUAACUACAUCCCGGACAUAUCGGCAGCCUGGGUGAACGACAUUGCUGUUAUUACUCUUGAAACACCAAUCCAAUUCGACAAAUUCCAAACGCCUAUUCCUCUUGCUGACUCUCCACCAGUUCUCGGUACGGUAUGUACUCUGUCUGGAUGGGGAUUGAAGACUGUGCUCGGAAAUCCUUCUAAAGUCCUUCUCAAGAUGGAUCAAAGCAUUGUUUCCAACCAAGUUUGCCAGAAUAAUCACGGACUUAAAGUUACCGAAAGCCACUUGUGCGCGUUCAACAGACGCGGAAGCGGUGCUUGCACGGGUGACAGCGGUGGCCCACUUGUAUGCAACGGCAAGCAAUACGGUAUUAAUUCUUGGGUCCUUCCUUCAUUGAGUUGCGCUCUCGGACCUGAUGGUUAUACCAACGUCUAUCAUCAUCUUCAGUUUAUUAAUUCAUCUUAGGCAAACAAAUUUUGGCACGAUAUAAAUUGGCAUGAAUACAUUCUGAAACUGGUUAGAUGAACAUUAUGCUCAUAGGUGGAUUGGUCGAGGAGGACCGGUU